AAUUUGGAAGGAGUGUCCGAUUGUAAAUGGGCCCGCGCAAUUUUGAUUUGAAAAUUGCCAUUAUGGGUGUGGGGUGUGAUGGGCAUGAUUGUAAAUUGGAGAGUGGGAGAGAUUGUGAUGGGGGUUGCGAUGGGGGAAAAUGGGUGGGGAAAGGGGCCAAUUUGGGCCAACCCCAAGGUGAUCGUGAUUUGAAAUUGCCAUGGUGGUGGGCUGGGGAAGAAUGGGGGCCAAUUUGGGCCAACCCCAAGGUGAUCGCCUUGUGGGUGGGGGGAAGAAUGGGAAAAUUAAAAAUGGGAGAGAGUGGAGAAAUUGCGAUGGGGGAAAAUGAGUGGGGAAAGGGGGUGAGGAAAUUGGAAAUGAAAGGGAUGUUGGAAACUAAAAUACGAAAAGAGGUGUUCGAGGAAUUUAAGUUCCAAAAGUAGAAGAUUUCAAGUUGAACUUGAUUCAUAUUUUAGGAGAUUUAAAUAGUAGUAAACUUGACGACAUACUG